AUGUUAAGAAGUGUGAUACUGCGACAUAGUCGAGCUUUCACAAGGCAGAGUUCGCUUUUUAGUGAGUGGAGAAGAGCCUUCAAAAGUGAGAAGAUCGAAGAAGGAAAAGGACUUUUUGGGUACAAAAAACUGAGUUCGCCAGCAAGUUUCCAUGAGUUACCAGUCGAAGUAAAGUCAUCUACAGAUUCACUGAUAAAGACUGAAUUCUGGUUUCAGGAGUUACUGGAUCCUUUGGAUUCGUCGAGAACUUCAAUAGAAAUUGUUGAUGACAUCUCGAACGAGAUUUGUAAAGCAGCCGACUUGGCGGAAUGCGUUCGUCAACUACACAGCGACUCAAAGUAUCGAGAAGCUGCUGAAAACGUUUCGAGAGAUUUUUGCGAGCUGGUCGAGAGCCUGAACACAAACACUGCACUUUAUCAAAAACUGAAAUCUUCAGAAGUGACAGAAGCAUCUAGAUUAGACGAUGUUGAUCGUAGAACGUUGGCGUUGUUACUGGACGACUUUGAACAAAGUGGCGUGCAUUUAGAAGACGCUCAGAAAAACGAAUUCGUUCAACUCUCCUCUGACAUUUUCGAGUUCGGUGCACGGUUUCAGGAAAAUUGCGACAGAGUAGUAUCCAUUGGGAAAUUCGAUCAAGCAAAAUAUGGUCUGUCCUCUCAGAUCUAUUCACCGGUCUCGAAUUCAUUAGACAGAUCGAAACGAAAAAUGGUUUAUAACGCAUUCUAUCGUCAUGAUGAUCAGCAAGAAAACUAUUUGCGGAAGCUCAUCUCAUCUCGACAUGAGCUUGCAUUGCUAACUGGAUUCGAAUCAUUUGCUCAUCGUGCACAAAGAAAUUCGUUGCUUGAAAACUAUGAAAAUGCUCAAAACUUUCUAUGGGGUGUAAUUGAGAAAUGCCGCGGUUCAUUUGAAAAAGAGUUGGCAGUUUUGAUAGAUGUUUCCGAACAAUGUAGCCAACAGAACAGAAACGGCAAUCAUCAAGCAUCAUCCAUUGAUGAUCAUGAUCUGGGGUUUCUCAUGCAUUUGUACAGAGUUAGUAUUUUUGAAAGUGCGUAUGAUAUCGCAAAAAUCUCUCAAGAAUCGUCUCCAUUCUUUACAUUCACCUCUGUCUGGAAGGGAUUUUCUGCUCUGACUCACCGACUUUAUGGUGUUCGUUUGGUAGAAAAACCACUUUCUCCUGGAGAAAUGUGGAAUGUUUCAGGAGUUAUGAAACUGAAAGCAGUGGAUGAGCAGAACAAUGAGUUGGGGGUGGUCUAUGUAGAUGUUUCUAUUCGUCCGGACAAAGCUGUCGGGGACUGUCAUUACACUGUGCGCUGUUCUAAACAUCUUUCAAAUGGCACGUGGCAAAUGCCUAUACUAGUUUUAUCACUGGGAUUGGUGGAUAGUCGCAGCCCACAAUGGAGAGAUACGAGAAUCAGCUUCCAUUCGGCUGAAACAAUGUUCCACGAACUUGGUCAUGCUAUGCAUAGUAUUUUGGGAAGGACAAAAUACCAACAUGUCGCUGGAACCAGAUGCCCACAAGACUUUUCGGAAAUCCCAUCGAAUCUCAUGGAAUACUUCUUCAGUGAUUUGAAGGUCAUGACAGAUAUUAUCAAGCGGACAGAUAGACCGAAUGAUCAACUUCCUAUCGAGUCAGCAGCUACACUUCUUGCUUCCAGGCAUUCAUUCACUGCGAUCGAAACAGUUCAACAAGCUGCAUAUGGACUUUAUGAUCUUGAAGUGCAUGGUCCUAUUGCAGCUCCACAAAUCGCAUAUGGUCACAUGACGACAACUGAACUGUUUAAUGACAUCAUGAAUAAAGCAAUGCCUAAUGUACAGAGAGAACUCGGAUCUGCAUUCCAACAUCGGUUCCAUCACACAGUACAGUAUGGAGCGAAAUAUUAUUCUUAUCUCGUCGCUAGAGCAUCCGCCUGUUUGAUUUGGCAGCAAAGAUUCAUGGACGAUCCAUUUUCACGAAAAUGGGGAGAUUGUUGGGCCGAGGUUCAGUCGCAUGGAGGAGGACAUCAUCCAUCUGUGUUACUAGAAAAGAUUUUGGGAUUCAGGCCUACUGAAAAAGAGCUAACGAUUGCUCUAUCCAAAGAAUCUCAACAUUUAGCCAAUCUUGAUGCGGUUACAGUAUGA